AUGUAUAUGUACAGAUAUGAAAAACGUGUUAAAUAUUAUGGACAUAUUGAAAAUAAUGAUGAAAUAAAAAAUGAAAGUGUAGUCGACGAUCAAAAUCACAAAAGUUUAGUUCAUGCAUUCGGUGAUGGUCUUCGACAAGCUCAAUUAGGUAUUCAAACUUCAUUUACUGUUGAUGCCCAAGCUGCGCUCAAUCCAGAUGAUGAUGUCAAAGUUGUCGUCACAACUCCAUCAAAACAAACAUGUUCUAUGCAAGUCAUUAAUAAUCGUAAUGGAACAUGGACUGUAAAUUAUAUUCCAAAUGAAGUUGGUGAAACCUAUAUUGAUGUAUUUCUUGGUAAUGAACUUGUUAAUGGUAGUCCAUUUAAAGUAAAUAUAUUUGAUAUUAAUCAAAUACAUGUUUCAAAUAUUGAUGCUGGAACGGUUGGUCAUUUGGUUAAAUUUCAUAUUGAUGCUAGUGAAGCUGGUGUUGGUCAAUUAGAAAUAGUUAUACAGGAUGGUCGUAUACCAUGUGAUGCAACAUCAUGUGGUACAUUUCAAUUUGAUGCGACAUUUUUACCCAAAGAACCUGGACGAUAUACUGUUGAUAUUAAAUUUAACGGAUUACCUGUACCUGGCAGUCCAUUUUCAUGUUAUGCUAAUGAUUUAUCUCGUGUUACUGUAUCCGAUAGUUUAACAAGUGGUCAUAUUGGACUUCCGUUGUCAUUUGACAUUCAUCAUUGGGAUUCUCUCAAUUAUCAUAAUCAAACUGUCCCACUUGAUGUCGUAAUUACAGCUCCAUCGGGUCGUUUUGUUCCUAUUAAACGAUCACAAUUGAACGAAAGUAUUACACGUAUAGAUUAUGUUCUAAAUGAGAUCGAUAAUAAUGAUCAUGUCAUCGGAUACGAAAACAAUUUACUAAUGUUCAUUGAAAUUAAUAAACCAAAUGAACAAUAUUUAACUCGACGUAUUAGUUUUACAGAAAAAUCUAAACAACAUUUAGAAUUAUUUCGACGAAAUUUAUUACAAUAUUCUAAUGAUAACAGCACACAUCGUGUCGAUAUUCGUUCGAAUAUUAAUAGUGGUGAAAAAAUGGAUAUUAAUGGAUCACCAUUUGCACUUAAAGCAUAUGAUACAAAUCGUUUAAUUGUGUCUGAUAUUCCACAUCUUAUUACAUAUAAUCAUCCAAUUGAAUUUACCGUUGAUGCAUCUAAAGCAGGUGAAGGUCAACUUGAAGUUGCUAUUAAUGAUGGUUUAGUGCCAAAUCAAGUAAAAGCAUUAGGAAAUUCAAAAUUUCUUUUUACAUUUAUUCCGAAAACGAAUGAUCCACAUAUAAUUUCAAUUAAAUUCAAUGGACAUCAAUUACCUGGUUUUCCAAAAGAAUGUCAAAUAUUUUCAACAAAUGACAUAACAACACGUGGUCCUGGUCUUAGUCAAGCAUUACUUGGCGCACAAACUUGGUUUACUAUUGAAACACCACAUGGUGGUUCAGAUGAUGUACAAGUUAUUGUAUUUACACCAAUAAAUGAAAAAUUAAAUCCAUCAACACGUCUUACUUCAGAUGGACUUCGAGUUGAUUGGAUACCAACAGAAGUAGGCACUUAUAACGUUCAUGUAACAUUUGCUGGUAAUCCAGUACCUGGAAGUCCAUUUCGUGUUAAAUGUUAUGAUCCAAAAAAAGUUAUUAUUACACCACCAACAAAUGAUAGUACUGUUCGUAAACCAGCAAGAUUUCUCAUUGAUGCUUCUCGAGCAGGAGAAGGAAAUCUUGAAAUCAGUGUAAACUAUUCUGGUCGUAAUAUUCCAAAUCAAGUUAAUCCCAUUGGUAAUAGUCGUUUCGAAGUACAAUUCAUUCCACAAGAAGCUACAAUACAUUAUUGCAAUAUUUUAUUCAAUGGCGAGCUUGUACCAGGUAGUCCUUUCGGUGUUAACGUUAUGGAUACACAACGUAUUGUAGCAUUUGGUAAAGGUCUAGGAUCAGUACCUGUUAAUAUUCCAACAUCAUUUACAAUUUUAACACAAAAUGCUGGUGUUGGAGAUUUAAAAUGUUCUAUAAAAGGUGUAGUAUAA